AUGAAUGCCGACAAGCCAAAGCACGAUCCUCCACGCAGCAAGUCCCCAUAUGACUUGGGUGGCGAAAAUGACAUUGGUGCUCUUAACUACUCACAACAAGCUUCAAUUAACCUUACCAAGGUAGGGCGUUUUUGCCGAUUGUCUCCGGUAAACUGUAAUAGGUGAAAGCUCGAAAGGAGAACGAGGAGUACCUCAGGAGUCAUCCAGAAAUCGGCUUUAUGAUAACAGCCUUCAUGAGGUAUCAAGACUCCAGUAAUGACAUGUCCAAAUGACAAUUUAGAGAAGCUUUCGAAACGAAGCCGGACAAUGUUAGAGAAUACGCAGCUAGUAAGUUGAAGGAAAUUAUUUUGAUUUUCCUUUCUUCAGACUUCUUUACACACCCUGACUUGAAACGGAAGAUGACUAGGAUCCAGGAGGACCACGAAAACAAAAUGAAAAUCUGUGAAAUCGCAAACACAAUCACGAGCAGCACUGUUGACGCCUGA